AUGGCGGAAAGGGCAAUCAAAAAAAAAAUUAAAAAGCGGGAGCGUAUGUUCGCAACGCUAAAACGGCAUCAACAGUUUCUGGAUAGCUACAACCAUGAAACUCAAUGUGAGCAAGUGCAAAGUCGGCUGGACAAAUUGGAUGGCAAAUUGGCUCAAUUCGAGCAACUACAGGAGGAAAUAGCUGAGCUGGACGAAAAUGAGCAAUUUGAGGAAGAGAGCAACAAGGUUGCUGAGCGGUUUGAAAGUCAAUAUUAUGCAAUCCGUGGAGCUUUAGUAAUGAAGAUUGCUCCACCAGUUGUCACCCCUACUCCGUUGGACAACAGCGUAAUGAGGAACACGGCCACAGCUGGUUUUCAUUCGGGUGUUCAGAUAUCUUUACCAGAUUUUGAGGGAGACUAUCGAACCUGGCUAUCCUUUAAAUCGACUUACGAAUCUUUAAUUCAUGAGUCGAUGGAACUAAGUGACGUUCAAAAGUUCCACUACUUGAAAUCGGCACUUAAGGGAGAGGCAGCAAAACUGAUCGAGUCGUUAACGAUUACCGGUGGAAACUACGUGAUUGCUUGGGAAACGAUCACAAAACGAUAUUCCAAUGAAUAUCUAUUGAAAAAACGACAUCUGCAAGCAUUGAUGGAGUAUCCGAAAAUCCAGAGGGAGACGGCGGCUGCAAUUCAUGGUUUGGUCGACGAGUUCGAACAGCGGUUAAAAAUUCUUAAGCAACUAGGAGAAAGAACGGACAACUGGGGAGCGCUGAUAGUGCACUGGAUGUGUUCGAAACUCAACGAUCAUUGCUUGCAACUCUGGGAGGAUCACGCUGCAUCGCUGGAUGAACCCAGCUUCACAGAUUUGAUGAAGUUUCUGGAGAAAAGGACACGAGUAUUGGAAGCUGUAUCUUCGAACGUCAUGGAAUCAAGCAAACCGACUCAGAAAGCUACCACAAGGGUGUCGAAGCAAAUGGUCCACGCUGCAACUGGAAACGAAUGGGAGCGACCUACUUCGUCGGCGACGUGUCCGUGCUGUGGGGAGAAUCACUAUAUGGCAAGGUGUGCUGAAUUCUUCAAGAUGAAUUUGCAGGAGAAAUUGGAGUUGGUGAACAACAAGCGUCUCUGCAGCAAUUGUUUCCGGGCAGGUCACUGGGUACGAGAAUGCAAGUCAACGUUCAACUGCCGUACGUGUGGAAGGAAACACCAUUCGUUGAUUCAUCCUGGCUUUCCUCCCGGUAAUGCUUCGAAUGAUGACAAGCCUGGUGGAUCACAAACAAGGGUAACCGAUGCUCGGGGCACAUCAACAAAUGUUGUGACUAAUGGAUCCGACGCUGAAGAGUGCGACGUGGCACAAGAAGUCUUAGCGAUUCGGGAUCAAAAUGGUAACAAGCAGUUGGCGAGGGCGUUAUUGGAUAAUGGGUCUGAAGCGAAUAUUAUGACUGAGCGAAUGUGUCAAAUUCUCAAGUUAAAGCGACGUUCUGUGAAUGUUCCAGUUUGCGGAGUUGGUGAAUCUGAAACAAGAGCUAGGCAUGCGGUUAGUACUAUCAUCAGUUCCAGGGUAACAGAUUUUGCGGUGGAAGUGAACUUCUUAGUUUUACAACGUGUCACCUCGGAUCUACCAGCCGCAACAGUAUCAGCAUCACACUGGAAAUUUCCCGAGGACAUACGUUUGGCAGAUCCAAAUUUCAACAACAGCGACCGAAUCGAUUUACUCAUUGGGGCGGAACAUUUCUAUCAAUUCUUGUACGAGCGCGAAAUGAAGCGAAUCUCCUUGGGCGCUGGUCUUCCCAUCUUGAUAGAAACAGUGUUUGGUUGGGUCGUCACGGGAAAAUAUUCUGCAGCGAGCAAUCAACCGAUCAACUGCUGUGUAGCGACGUCACCGGAAAAUCUGGAAGCAGCGCUAGAGAGAUUUUGGCAAGUGGAAAACAAUGACGAUCAACCCCUGUGGUCUAAGGAGGAACAAGAUUGCGAAACACACUUCUUGGAAACCCACAGUCGCUUGGAAGAUGGAAGAUACAUCGUAGUUCUACCAAAGCACAUCAACUUCGAUAGAAUGAUAGGAGAAUCGCGAUCAACGACUUUGGACAGAUUUUUGAAGUUAGAAAAACGAUUGGAGCGUAACUCGGAGAUGAAAGAGCAGUAUCAUGCAUUCAUGCAGGAGUAUUUGGACCUCGGCCACAUGAGGAAAGUAGACGACUCUCAAAUAUGUGAAAACACUCGUGAUUCAGCAAAGCGAAAAACGUUCUACUUACCGCAUCAUGCAGUGUUAAAAGAGUCAAGUACGACUACUAAAGUGCGCGUUGUAUUCGAUGGAUCAGCUCGUACGGAUAGCGGGUAUUCUCUUAAUGAUGCGUUGUUGAAGGGACCAAUAAUCCAGGAUGAACUGUUAACACUCCUCCUGCGUUUCCGUAAACACCAUAUCGCCUUAGUAGGAGACGUAGAAAAGAUGUACAGACAGAUUCGGCUACACCCAGAUGACACUUCCCUUCAACGGAUCUUCUGGAGAUUCUCAACUGACCAUCCUAUCAGCGAAUACGAGCUGCUAACAGUCACUUAUGGAUUGACGCCUUCAUCUUUCCUGUCUAUUCGUGCCUUGCAUCAGCUGGCGGCCGACGAGGGGGCUGAAUUACCUGCUGCUAGUGCAUCGUUGGUCCACGAUUUUUAUGUUGACGAUUACAUUGGUGGUGCUUCUAGUCUAGCAGAAGCUAUCGAACUUCGGCAAGACCUAACGAGCUUGAUGUCGAAAGGUGGUUUUGUUCUAAGAAAGUGGUGCUCAAAUCACCCAGAAGUACUGGUGGACGUUCCACCAGAUCAGCUAGGCACCAAUCUUUCGAUCACAUUUCAACUCAAUCCAGGAGAGGAGAUAAAAACGUUAGGAAUCUCUUGGGAACCCAGCUCUGAUAAAUUUCGGUUCAACGUUGAUAUCGAAGACAACGGAGCAGAGACAGUUUGGACUCGAAGGCGCAUUCUUUCCUGUAUUGCAAAACUCUUUGAUCCCUUAGGAUUGAUAUCGCCAGUAGUUGUGUACGCGAAAAUCAUCAUGCAGCAGCUGGCUUUGUUGCAGACUAGUUGGGAUGAUCCGGUACCUGUUCAACUCGAGGAGAAAUGGACAGAUUUCUACAAACAGUUAAACAAACUAGGGGAGCUUCGGAUCAAUCGAUUUGCCUUCAUUCCACAAUGGGUUGAUGUACAAAUACAUUGUUUUGCUGAUGCUUCAGAGUUGGCCUAUGGAGCAUGUUUGUAUGUACGGACCACAGAUCAAGAUGGAAAUACUAACGUGGAAAUGCUGUCGUCGCGGUCUCGAGUAGCUCCAUUGAAAAGAUUGACCCUCCCACGCUUGGAGUUAUGUGCUGCGAAGGAAGCCGCCAGUCUACAUUCGAAGGUCAUCAAGGCACUAGAUUUGGGUCAAAUCCGCUCUACCUUUUGGUCUGACUCCACGAUUGUGCUGCAUUGGCUAGAGGCCCCUCCCAAUACUUGGAAAACCUUCGUGGCCAACCGAGUUUCUUCCAUUCAAAGUCUAUCGCAAGGUCAUCGUUGGCAACACAUCGCUGGAAAGGAAAACCCGGCAGACUUAGUCUCUCGCGGAAUGACUGUAAACGACUUUCUCCAGAGCCAAAUAUGGAAAAAUGGUCCCCCCUGGUUACGAGGUCCAGAAGUCAAUUGGCCGUCCGAAGCAAAGGAGACUGACUUCUCCGAGGAAGAAUUAGAAACAAGGAAGAUUGUAUCUCACAUCGUUCAAGCUCCCUUCGAACCCCAUGCAUUGUUUUCGUUGCGCUCAUCCUUGGAACCACUGUUACGUAUCGUCGCAUUUUGUCUACGAUUUUGCCGUAAUUGCCGUAGUCCCAAACAACGGAAUCGUUCAACAUGUCUUACCGUCGAAGAGAUUUCCUCAGCGAAACUAGGACUGGUGAAACUAGCUCAAGCUGAAUGUUUCGCCUUGGAUAUUGGACAUUUGGAGAAGCAUUUGAAUGUCAGCCGCAAGUCAUCACUCAGGCGUUUGUGUCCGUUCUUAGACAAGGAUGGCAUCGUUAGGGUUGGAGGUCGACUACGCCAUUCAGAUCAAGACUACGGAGCCAAACACCCUGCGAUUCUCCCGAGUGCGCACCCUUUCACAAAACUGUUGGUCAGCUACUACCAUCGUCAAACUAUCCACGGCGGACGACAGUUGACACUCUCCACAAUGAGGCAGGAAUUCUGGCCAAUCCACGGUAAGCGUGUAGUCGAUGGAGUUCUUCGAAAAUGUUUCCGCUGUUUUCGUGUCAACCCAACUCCCAUUCAACAGCCGACUGGCCAACUCCCAAGCACGCGCGUUCGUCCAAGCAGACCGUUCUCUAUAACAGGAGUUGACUAUUGUGGUCCAUUUUAUCUGAAGCCACCUCACCGCCGUGCCGCUGCACCCAAGGCAUAUAUUGCUGUAUUUGUGUGCUUUGCAACAAAAGCUAUGCACCAGGAAAUCGUGAGCGAUUUGUCAACAGCUGGAUUUCUUGCCGCACUUCGUCGCUUCGUUGGGCACCAUGGAAUUCCACUCGAAAUACAUUCUGAUAAUGCCAAAAAUUUCGCCGGUGCCAAAAACGAAUUGAUAGACCUGUACAACACCCUAAACGAUAAGACCAGCAAAGAACGUAUCAGCAACGAACUAUCUCUCCAAGGCAUUUCGUGGAAGUUUAUCCCUCCUAGGGCCCCAAACUUUGGAGGACUUUGGGAAGCCGCAGUCCGUUCAGUGAAAACAGCACUCAAGAAGGAAAUCGGAACUCGUCAGUUAAGCCAUGAACAUUUCUCCACCCUGCUUGUCCAAAUAGCCGCAGCUCUGAACUCGAGACCUUUAGUCCCAUUGUCCGAUGACCCGUCGGAUUUGAGUGCACUCACGCCGUCACAUUUCUUGAUUGGUGCCCCUAUGAAUGCCCUACCAGAGCGAGACCUACUCAAUAUCCCCGCAAGCCGCCUGAACCACCACCAGCAACAGCAGCAAAUGUUCCAGCAUUAUUGGGAGCGUUGGAGUAAAGACUAUCUCGCCGAACUACAAACCUCCAGCAAGAAUCAUGAGCCCAUCCCAAUACGCAUCGGCAGUUUGGUUGUAUUGCGCGAAGACAACAUGCCACCGUUGUACUGGCCGUUAGCAAGAAUUGUUGACAUUCAUCCCAGCACUGAAGGAGUCGUUCGUGUAGUGACCGUAAAAACAACGAGUGGAGUAUAUAAGCGACCUGUAUGCCGAAUUUGUCCACUACCAUCAGAUCGGGAGACCGUCAUCGAGGAGGGAUCCCCAGUUAUCAUAUAA